AGAAUGAUAAUAAAAAUGUUCUUUAUAAAAAUCAACAUAAAGUAAAUAUGACAUCGAAAUUAAUGAAAAUUGUCAAUUGAUAUUUAAACCGAUUAUUAAAUUCAUAUAAAUAUGGACUUAGCAAAAUCAUUAUUUAAUCAUCGAGAUCGACUUGGCUAUAUAGGCAAAGAAGAUCACAAGAGAACGAUACAAAAUACUUCAUUUGAAUUUGAUGAAAAAGAAGAUGAUCAUACAGAAGAGCUGUGCUCGCCAGUGGUUGGGGGACCAUUUUCAGCUCUUACACCAACUAUGUGGCCUAAGGACUUAUUGCUAGAAGAAUCGGACAGUAAUAGUACAGAUAUCACUGAUAAAAAUAACUAUGAUGAGUUUGGUUUUCAAUAUGAUGAAAAGUAUCAUAAAAAUGAUAUGGCAAAUAUAUUUAAAGAAAAAUUUAUAGAAGAUUCACAGCAUAAAUUACAAUGGAUGGCUCAUCUACAAUUUUGUGAUAAGUCUGAAACAUGUGAUUCAACAUAUAAGAUUAUAAAAUCACCUGAGACACAAAAUUUAGUUUAUUCUGGGAUACCUCAUUCUCUAAGACCAACUGUUUGGAUGCAAAUAUCAGGUGCUGAAAAGAAAAAGAAUGAAGAAGACUUGAGUUAUCAAGAAAUUAUUCAUGAAUCUAGUGGUGACAAUUUAUCAGAAACUUUGUUGAUUGAACGAGAUUUGUUACGUGUUAUGCCAGGAAAUGCCUGCUUCAUGCAUUUAAACAGCCCCGGAGUUCCUAGGUUGCGAAGGCUGCUUAGAUGUCUUGCCUGGUUAUAUCCCGAAGUUGGGUAUUGCUCAGGUUUGGCAACAAUUGCAGCAUCACUUCUUUUGUUUUGUGAGGAAGAAGAUGCAUUUUGGCUAGUUUGCACUAUUAUAGAAAAUAUACUUCCUGCGUCUUACUAUUCUAGUUCUCUCAUAGGGGUUCAAACUGACCAACGUGUGUUAAUAUCACUGUUCACUUUGAUAUUACCCGAUUUGGACAAUGCUCUUCGUAAGCAUGAUUUGGAACUACCACUAAUUACCCAAAACUGGUUUCUAACAUUGUUUGCUUCUGUGGUACAUACAAGAGUAUUAUUGCGAAUAUGGGAUUGCUUCUUUCUAGAUGGAUCUAUUAUUUUGUUUAAAAUAACAUUGGGUAUGUUAAAAAUCAAUGAACAAAGUCUACAACAGUUACAAAAUUCUGCAGAAAUUUUUAAUUCUUUAUCAGACAUUCCAAGCCAAUUGCAGGACAUUGAAAGUUUAUUGAAGGUAUCUUUUGAUAUAACGAACUCAUUAACAAAUGCAGCUAUAGAAGCACAUAGGAGGCGGCACUUGGCUUACUUAGUAGCAGAACAGGGACUUGUAUCUAAUCCUAAAUUGCACUUAACAAAAAGACAAGUGAAAAGAUCAAGAUCAAUGAUUCAAGCAUUAUUAUUUGGUGAUGAUACAUCUGAUGAUAUAAAAUCAAAAAACAUAAAGCAAACUGAAAUUUUGGUAGACCUCAGAGAAGCCAUUAUGCAGGUGGCUCGCCAUUUUAUGGCAGUAGAACCAAAAUUAUGUUCAAACCUUGUUCUUGUGGCGGAUUAUAGAAUGGAAAGUCAUUCAAUGGAUCAUGAGAAUUACAUUAAUGUAUCAAGGAAUCGUAAACGUAGGGCAAAAGCAUUACUAGAUUUUGAAAGGCACGAUGACGAUGAAUUAGGUUUUCGUAAGAAUGACAUCAUUACAGUGUUAAGUCAAAAAGAUGAGCACUGUUGGGUUGGGGAGCUUAAUGGAUUGCGAGGUUGGUUUCCAGCAAAGUUUGUUCAAUUGCUUGAUGAGCGAAGUAAGCAAUAUACAAGUGCUGGGGAUGACAGCGUUUGGGAAACUGUUACAGAUCUUGUGAGAGGUUUCUUAGGACCAGCUUUUAAACGUGUUCUAGAACAUGGAAUGCGGAGACCAAAUUUUUUAGGGGGACCAUGUCAUCCUUGGUUGUUUAUUGAAGAGGCGGCCUCACGUGAAGUAGAACGUGAUUUUGACUCUGUGUAUAGUCGACUGGUACUUUGCAAGACGUACCGUUUGGAUGAAGAUGGAAAGGUUCUAACUCCAGAAGAACUAUUGUACAGAUGUGUUCAGGCUAUCAAUUUAACACAUGAUUCUGCUCAUGCCCAAAUGGAUGUCAAAUUGCGUUCACUUGUUUGCCUGGGUCUUAAUGAACAAGCACUACAUUUAUGGCUGGAAGUUCUUUGUUCUUCCACUCAAGUUGUUUCGAAAUGGUACAGUCCAUGGUCAUUUAUGUGUUCACCAGGUUGGGUACAGGUGAAAUGCGAGCUUAGGAUAUUAUCACAGUUUGCAUUUAAUCUUAAUCCAGAUUGGGAAUUGCCAGUAAAGAAAGACAUACAAACACAACCACUAAAAGAUGGUGUUAGAGAUAUGCUUGUCAAACAUCAUCUUUUUUCAUGGGACCUUUGAUAAACA